AUGAACACUAAGGUGAAACCAUGGCCGUCAUUGAACAGGGGCCUCUGCCACGCCUCCGAGUUCGACGAGGCCAAGGACAAGUCCAACUUCCAUCAGUUCCUCGACGCCGAAGACGUGAACAAGGACGUCAACCACCCCCUCUACUCUACCAAGUUUGGUAUCUACUCUUGCGGCUGUGAUCUGUACAACGUCAUGCUUUCUUGGGGCCACGACGAGUAUGUCUACCACAUCAUCGAGGACCAAUCCACCAUCCCUGCUGAGGGUCUGUUUAAUCCGCUACCAGUCCUUCUAACCUACCACCGUGAGGGUGCCUACCAAAAACUCAUAAACGAAAAGGACACGGAGAUGCUCAAGGCUGUCGUGGCCUUUUACCCCUAUGGCUUAUGCUCGAAGUCCGACGAGGUCCCAACCCCGAGGGAGGGUCAUUCUACGUCACCAAGUGGAUAG